AAUUGGCCGCCUUAAUGCUCUUUUCUCGCUGAGAAAUACUGAGAGACUGCUGCAGGACUAGUUGAUUAUUCCUUCCACUCUUAUUUUAAGCAAUUGUUUAUCCAUGUAAGGAUGUUUCCUUAUGUCCCCAUUUAGUUUAAUUUCUUAAAUAGUAUUUAUACUAGACAAAUUUUGGAAUUUGUGAUGUAUUUUGACUGAUUACUGACGUGUUUGCAAAAUCUUUUUGAAGUCUAUGUCAGUGAAUUGUGUUUUGGUCAAGUGAGGAUUGUUCCCUGCUUAUGUAGCUGAGUAGAUGAAUUGCAAAAAUGGCAGCCAGGAAUGAGAUGCAGUUUGAAAAGUUAAUUGAUGAAGCUACAAGAAAAAAAGAUUUCCAAUUAUUAGAACAAUUUCUGGCAGCAGAAGACUGUGAAAACAUCUUUCACAAAUGCAGCCAACAGUUUGUCAACAAAUUAGACAAGCUUCUGUGUCGGGAACUUGACAAACAAGAAGUCAAAAGCAUUUCCACUUUACUAAAUUCUAUUCAGAAAUGUGGGAAAAAAAUCAGCAUAGCAGGAGAAGAUGGGCUCCCAGCAAUGAUAAAAUACGGUCUUAUUGGAAGGAUGGUUAAUUGGUUUGAAAAGGUAAAAGGAAUUUUGAUCCUCAGAGGAAAUGAAAAGAAUACAAUGCUUACAAGUCUGGCUGAAGAUUUCUUCAAUGUGUUGCUGGCUAUAUGUGAUAGCAGACCUGAAGGUAAAAUGCGAAUACUAGAAAAUUUUGUUCUGAGAACAUGUACCCUCAUCGCCGAUGUAAGAAUUAGUAUUUAUGUUCAGCAGGAGGUAGUAAGAAAACUUAAUUUAAUGCUUGACAACAUACCUCGAGAUGCCAGGAAAAAUAUAUUUUCUACAAAGGAAAUGUUGCUUGUCAUGAGUGACAUGGGGAGGAGAAUUUUGGAUGCUGGAGAUUAUGACCUGCAAGUAGCCAUUACGGAAGCUUUAUGCAGAAUGAUAUCAGAGAAACAAAGAGGAGAACUGGCGUGCCAGUGGUUUUCCAUGGAGUUUGUGUCCAAUGCAUUUAAAGGAAUUAAAGAUUCUGAGUUUGAAACAGAUUGCAGAAAAUUUCUUAACCAAGUGAAUGGCAUGCUUGGAGACAAAAGAAGGGUUUUUACAUAUCCGUGUUUAUCAGCAGCUCUUGAUAAAUAUGAGCUACAGAUACCAUUGGAUGAAAAUCUUGAAGCAUUUUGGGUAGAUUUCAAUGUUGGUAGCAGAAGUAUAUCUUUCUAUGUGGCAGCACAUGAUGCAGAUCAUCAGUGGGAAACAGUCAUUAUACCAGAAGAAGAGGUAGACCUGUACAGCCUUGAAGAAAAAGAUUCAAAGAAAUUACUAACAAUAGAUCUAAAAAGCCCAAUGAAUGUGGGUAAUCAAGAAGGAGAGAAAUUUUUUUUAUAUUUUGAUUCUAUCUUGGAAAUCAAAGAUGUAACCGGAAAGAUUUAUGGAUUUAGUAAAUGUAAGGGCUUUAGUAAGAAGCAGUCCGCAUCAGUUGCCAAAACAACUGUACAUGUCGUCUUUGAUGAAAGUGGAUCACAGGUUCUGGUACCAGAAAGUCAGUUGUCACCAUGUUUGGAAGAAAAAUCUGAAGAAGAGGAGAAACUCAGUACGUGCAAAACCCAGCAACUUCCUGGAACUUUGAGGACUCUGAAUAAAAAUAACCAUCAAGAAAAACGUAGAAGUGGUUCCUCCAAGAUACCUACAUCUUGUAAAAGGAAAGUAUCUGAAGCAUCCAUGCUUAUUCCUGGAACUACAAGAUUUUCCACAAGGAGUCCGCUGGUAUUUGUUAGCACAUCCACUCCUUGUAAAGGACGAUUUAAAUUACCUUUGGAAAUGAUGAGCUCUGCUGAAAAGUCUAACAAUAAUGCAAUAAAUGAGACCAGAAAAAAGAAUUUCUAUCAAGAACCUACUGGAAGUAGGCAAAGAUGUACACUAGACAAUGAAUUUUGUGAAACAGAACAGAAGAUGAGGAAGUCAGAUAUCAGAAAUGAGGUAAAACUACCUGAAAAGCGAAUGUGUGCUGAAGAAGUUUUAGAAAGGAUACAAGAGGCAGAAAUUGAGGGCACACAGAAGCAAACUUUAGAUGAAGCAUUAGAUAUUGUUCCUGAUUCUCAGCCAGUAGGGAGAAGCCACAAAACUUUGCUGUCUGGUCUUUUGGAGAGUUCUUUUGAUAAAACCAAAACAUGGAAAAAAAGAGCAUGUUCUGUUCCUGAGAAGAAUAUAACAACUGGUGACAAACAAAAGCUAAAUCCAACGUCCCAUCCAGGUUAUGUUCACACUUUGUUAACUUGAAAGAGCUGUGAAACAAAAAGCAUUUACUGAAUUUUUUGAAGUAUAUCUCCAGAUAAACAAAGAAAUUAAAAAAGAGAAGAAAAUUAAAUUGAUACCACGAGGGAAGAGAACUGCAAAAUACUUAGUGGACAAGCGUCCAAAACAUCUUUGCAUUCUGAUUUUACAAAAGAGGAACCUGAUGUUCUCUUUAGAAAAGAGACUGCAAAUCCAAAACAACCAAAGAUGAAAACAAAGCCUAAAGAAAUGACAGAUGCAACAAAAUCCCUAAUUAGUAAAAUCAGUGACAGAUACAAAGUAAAGACUGAUGAAAAAGGCAAAGCAAGAGACUCCUUGGGUUUUAACAGGCCGCAUUUAAAUAAAUCCUGUGUCUCUAAGGAAGAAGUUCAGGAUAGAAACCUGAAAACCACUACUUUUCUUAAUACAUCUGCUGGUCAUAUUAUGGAUGAUGUCUACAACUUUAACAUCAGUGGGUUUGAUGAGCCUACAAUAAAGCUUGGAAUCCAAGAAUUGCAUGUUACUGAACUGAGUGUUCAUACAGAUCCAAACAAAAAAGGGAACACAGAUGACAGUAAAACUAGCACUGAAGUGAAAGGAAAAAAAAAAACUAGAAACAAUCAGAACAAGAAGCAUCUCUUUAGUGACACAGACACAGAAUACAGAGGUGAUGACAGCAAGACAGACAUGAGUUGGCUACAAGAAUCAAAUAGAAAAUCUAAAGCCCAGUUAAUUGAUUACAGUAAAAAUAAAAAAAUAGGGAAACCAAUAAGCACAAACAAAAAUAAAUUCUCUGAACCUGCUUGCCAAGUGGAUAAACCUAAAGGCAAAAAUGCAAAUAAGAAAAAGAUAAACAAAUGUAAAAAACUGAAUUCAAGAACUGAUGAAACGAUAGAACAAACCACCAGGCAAAAACUACCUCGAAGGGCAGCAUUAGCAAAAAAUUACAGAGAGCCUUCCAGUUCAGAGUCAGAGAGUGAAAGGAAACCUUCAGCAUGCAACUCUAAGGAGGAGAAAUCAAAAAUACAGAAACAUAUGAAUGGGGAAAACAAGGAUGAUAAUCAGCAAAAGGAACUCCAGAAUAUUUUAUCUAUGGAGCCACAGAGAGUAGCUAACUGUGUACUUAAAGCAUUUAUUAAAUCAAAGAAUUCUGCAGAACAGGAAGUUGAAAUAUCUUCAUCUGAGAGUCCUGCAUCUCUUGAGACAAUGAGAUGUGCUGAAAGAAUAUCAGAAGGAGAUGUUACUCAAGAGCAUACUUACAGUGAAAUGUCACCUGGGCUUCAGGAGUCAACACCAGAAAAAAGGGAAAUGUUAAACUUUGAGAAAGGAAUCUCUCCCAAUAAUUUCUGUCCACAAAAAAAGAAUAUUGAAAGUAUAUGUCUAAAUCAGUCCCCUGAGAUUGCUGUUAAAAAGUUAACAUUUGGAAGUAAAAGUUUCUCACCAGUUUUAACUGAAACAUCUUUGCUCAGCUUAAAGACAUACAAAACUGUCAGUGGAAAACAUGCAAAGGUAUCUGUAUCUGAAACACGUGAUAAUAAUGAAGAUUCAAGUUUCAGACACUACUUUUCAGACACAAUUUCUAUUAAAGGGAAACUACAAGAUAUCACUAAAUCUAUCACCAAAAGUAAAGAAGAGGAUUGUGUACCACCAUCUCCAACGUCUGUUUCCAGUGGAAGUAAAGUACAGUCUUGGAGUGAAGAACCUAAGGGCCCCACACAUGAGUCAGGGCCAAAUACACAGACAUUUCUCAAACGAAGGUACCACAGUGAUACAGAAAGCAAUUCUGAUGAAGUAGAAACAAGCAAAGAGGAGGAAAAAAAAGGAAACAGAAGAACAAAGUUACAGCCUAGAAAAUUAUUUAAAACAGAUGAUGCUGUUACUUACAGAGUGUCUGAAAGCGUAUCUACUGUAUCUGUAAAUGAUCUGUCUGGUUUCGAUGGGGAAAUCUGGGAUCCUGGUUGUUCAACUAUCAGUAUAUGUCAGAAUCUCCAAAAAGAAUUUACUAAGAAAAUUGAGAGCCGCUCACGGAAAAUGGAUCAUUUUACUAAGCAAUCAUUAAGAGCUGCCCACGAGCAUUUGACAACAAUGAGUUACCAGCUUCAUGAAUGCAGGAUCAGGCAGCUGGACAAAUUUCAUUUUGCUCUUCUUGAGGAACUUGAGAAUUUUGAAAAAGAUUCUCAGUCCCUGAAAAACGUGGAAAAAGAAUUCUCGACCUUUUGGAAAAAACAUACACAUACUUUUAGUACAUACAUGAAAAAUGAGCAACAGAGAAUUCAGAUUCUUAAAACUUCAUUUGAAAACAACAUCUACCAUACUGUUGACUAUGAAGAACAUAUUUUUACUUCAGAGAUGUACCUGAUGAAAGAAGACUUAAAAGGACUCCAAGAGAAACUUCUUAAAGAAAUGCAAGAAGAGGAACUGUAUAAUGUUCGCAGAGGACUGCAGACAUUGUUUCAAUCAGAAGAUAGAAUUCUGAAGUAAUAUUUUCAGAUACCUUCCUGAAAUUCAAGGUGAAUAUAAACACUCUUUUAUAACGUAAA